AUGUCUACUGAAGCCGUUGCCGCUACUGAAAAGGCCCUUGAGCAGCUCAACAUCAAGGAGACUACCGCUCCUGAGGCUGAAGCUACCUCUUCCACCGCCACCGAAGCUCCCUCUACUGCUGAGGAGGCUACUGCUCCCGCUACUACGGAGUCUGCUUCCUCUCCUUCUGAGACUGAUUCUGACUCUAACCCCUCUGCCAAUGUUUCUCUUUACGUUGGUGAGCUUGAUCCUUCCAUUUCUGAGGCUAUGCUCUUUGAGAUCUUCAACCAGAUUGGUCCCGUUGCCUCCAUCCGCGUUUGCAGAGAUGUCGUUACUAAGAGAUCUCUUGGCUACGCUUACAUUAACUACCACAACUCUGCUGAUGGUGCCCGUGCUCUUAACGAGCUCAACUACACCGCCAUUAAGGGUCGUCCUUGCCGCAUCAUGUGGUCCCAGAGAGAUCCCUCUCUUAGACGCACUGGCGCUGGCAAUAUCUUUAUCAAGAACCUUGAUCCUGCUAUUGACAAUAAGGAUCUUUUUGAUACCUUCUCUACUUUUGGUAAGAUCCUUUCUGCCAAGAUUGCCACUGAUGACUAUGGCAAUUCCAAGGGCUACGGGUUUGUCCACUUUGAGACUACCGAGGCUGCUGAAAGCGCCAUUAGAAAUGUUAAUGGUAUGCUUUUGAACGAGCGCAAGGUCUUUGUUGGUUUCCACAUUCCUAAGCAGGACCGUCAGUCUAAGAAUGACGAGCUCAAGGCCAAGUUCACCAACGUCUACAUCAAGAACAUCUCUUCUGAGACUACUGAUGAGGAGUUUGAGGAGCUUUUCAAGAAGUACGGUAACAUCACCUCUUCCACCAUUGCUCGUGAUGCUGAGGGCAAGUCCCGUGGCUUUGGUUUUGUCAACUUUGAAAACCACGAUGAUGCUGCCAAUGCUGUCAAGGAGCUUAAUGACUUGGAGCUCAAUGGCAACAAGCUCUAUGUUGGCCGCGCCCAGAAGAAGUUUGAGCGUGAAGAAGAACUCAAGAAGCAGUACGAAGCUGCUCGUCUUGAGAAGAGCAACAUGUACCAGGGUGUCAACCUUUACAUCAAGAACCUUGAUGAUACUAUUGAUGAUGACAAGCUCCGCGAGACUUUCUCUGCUUUCGGCACCAUUACCUCUGCCAAGGUUAUGACUGACGAGAGUGGCAAGUCCAAGGGCUUUGGCUUUGUCUGCUUCUCUGCUCCUGAAGAGGCUACUAAAGCUGUUGCUGAGAUGAACCAACACCUUGUUGCCGGCAAGCCUCUCUACGUUGCUCUUGCUCAGCGCAAGGAUGUUAGACGUUCUCAGCUUGCUCAGCAGAUGCAGGCCAAGAACCAGCUUCGUCUCCAACAGCAGGCUGCCGUUGCUGGUGGUCUCCCCGGCCAGUACAUGACUCCUAUGUUUUACGGCCCUGGCCAGCAGCCCGGUUUUAUGGGCCCUGUUCCUGGUGGUCGCCCUGGCGUCCCCUUUGGUGGCAACCCUCAGGUUAUGCUUCCUCCUCCUCGCCAGCAGGUCAUUCCUCCUCCUCCUCAAGGUGCUUGGCCCCGCAAUGUUAACGGCCCCAACCAGAACAUGCUUCCUUACAUGGCUGGUGGCUUCAACGGUGGUUACAACAACCGCGUUCCUCGCCCUGUUCCCUUUGGCGCCCAGGGUGGCCGCAACGGUGGCCGUGGUCAGCGUGGCCCCGGCCCCAUCCCCGCCAGAGCCGGUGAAUCUUCCCUUAGCGUUAUGGUUGCUAACGCUCCUGAGGAGGCCCGCAAGCAGGUUAUUGGUGAGUACAUCUUCCCCAAGGUUCUCAACCACGAGAACAUUGCCAAUGAUCCUGAGCUUGCCAGCAAGAUCACUGGUAUGCUUUUGGAGAUGUCUGUCGAUGAGCUCGUCAACAUUGCUGAUGAUGUUCCUGCUUUCAACAACAGCGUCCACGCUGCUUUUGAGGCUUACAAUGAGUUCCUCCAGAACAGUGCCAACUCUGCUCCUGCCCCUGCUGAGGGUACUGCUCCCGCUGAGGCUCCUGCUGCUGCCUCUGCUUAA